AUGAGUAGUCAUUUAUCUGUCCGUGAUCGUUGGCGUAUUAUUUCAUUAAAUUUUGAUCAAGGAGUCAAUGUACAUGAAGUAGCUCGUCGGAUACCUUGUAGUAUUCAAACAGUUUAUAAUAUACUUCAAUUAUUUCAAGAAACUAAUGAUGUGAUAGAACGUAAUGGACGAGGUCGUCUUCGGAUAUUGAAUAAUGAUCAAGUUAAUACAUUACGACAAUUACUAUAUCAAUAUCCAACUGAUACUUCAAGCAGUAUUGCUGAUCGAUUGCUACGACGGACUGGUCUAGGUAUUAAUCCUCGAACAAUUCAAAAUUAUCGUUCAUCAUUAGGUUUUCGUCCAGUUCAUGCGCGAACGGCUCACUGGGAUAAUGUCAUCUUUAGUGACGAAAAGACUUUUGAAGUAGAUAUUUCUGGUGUAGUCUAUUGGAUUCCAGCUACGCUUUCAAGACCAACACAUUUUCAAAAUCAAAUUCAAUUUCGUGUCGUAAUAUUUGAAGCAAUAUGGUUUGAUGGACGAUCCAAUUUAGUUUUCAUUCAUGGUCGAACAAAUACUAGAACUUAUGUUGGAUAUCUUCAAGCAGCGUUUCGUUCAUAUUUACGUCAACUGAGCGGAUAUUAUUUCAUUCAUGAUCGUCCAACAUGGGCCCAUACUGUUCUUGCUCAUGAUUGGUCGCGUCGUAAACGUAUUAGGUGCAUGGACAACUUUCCGGCUGUCAGUCCUGAUCUUAACGCCAUUGAGAGCGUUUGGUCUUGGAUGAAUCGGUAUAUACAAAGAAAUCAUCCAAAUUCACAAUAA